AUGUUUGCAGCGGUGGAGCUCAUCAUCCUGUCCUGCGGGGAGCAGCCAUGCCUGUUUCGAAAGGAUGCCACCCAGCGUGAGACACUCGAAAUGAUUGGGUUUCCAUUCCACUUUAAAUUAUUUUUUCUGUACGAGGCUACUAAGUUUUUGAGAUGGUUCAUGUGA